CUGUCCUUGACGAAUGACUGUGUAGUGACUGGGUCCUUGUUUACUCAAAGAGAAAUGAUUAGAUUGGAGCUUUCUGCUCGCCAAAUGUGUGUGACCACUGCUGAAUCUGAUAUAAGGAGCGAUCUGCUUGCUACUCAUCCAUCUAGAAAACAACAUAAUGAAGUCCUGGUGUGUUCUUCCUUUCUUCUGGUUGGCAUAUUUCUGCCAUGGCACUCUGUCCUGCCCACCACUUUGCCAAUGCUACCACAGAAAAGCUGAGGUGGUCUGCAAUGAGGUUCCCCUGACAGAGUACCCCUCCGAGAGUCUCCCGAUUAACACCUCCCUACUGACCAUCCAGUUCACGAACAUCACCUCCAUCUCCGAAGAGCACCUGAACGCCACGCCUCUGCUGACAGGACUCCACGUGUACAGCAACCACCUGCAGAGCCUUUCCUCUCAUCUUCUCAGAGGCGUUCCUCACCUCAACACUUUGGAUUUCACAGGAAACAAACUGUCCGACCUGCCUGCAGAUGUCUUCAUCAACGCCCCACUGCGCAACUUGGUGCUGAAGAAUAAUCUGAUUGAAAACGCCGAUGCUGAGUGGCUCCCUGAUAACAGCAACAUCACCUGGUUCGACUUAUCUGGGAACAGUUUAACCAAGAUCCCGGCUGCUCUGCUUCAGAAGCUUCCCCGCCUGGAGAAUCUGGACCUUGCCAACAACCGUCUGCAGAAGAUCUCUGCAAAUUCCCUGGACCCUCUGACCAAACUUGAGAGGCUAAACCUGCAAAACAACAAGCUCGACACCCUGGAUGAAUCUAUACUUCAGAGAAAUCGAAACCUCACCCAUCUGUUCCUCUCUCGGAAUAAGCUCAACAAACUCCCCCAAAACCUGUUUCAGGAGCUCUCUCAGCUCAAACACCUGAGUCUGGAUGACAACCAGCUGAGCCACAUCCCUGCAGGUCUGCUGGACCCUCUGAGCUCCCUGGACGAGGAAGGGCUGGACCUGGCCGCCAACCCCUGGCUGUGUGAUGGGAAGGUGGAGUACCUCUGGAGGUGGCUUCAAAGGAACAAGAAGAAAGUCUUCCUGCCAGAGACCAUCAUAUGUGCCAGACCACAGUCUCUGGUGGGGCGCUCAGUAAUGUCACUGACAGAAAGUGAACUAAACCUUCAGUCUUAACAUUUUCCAUCCUCAUACUGGUUAUUAUCUGAUCAGCCUGUCUUACUCUUCAGUCACUGAAACAUUCUCUUUUGUCAGUAUAAUUUGAAUGUACAAUAAAAUAUGAUAAGAGUAAAGAGAACAUUCAAGAAUA